CCAGAGGUAUUUAUGUGUAGGCAGGUGUCCUUCUCUGGGUCCGGGAAGGGGGGAUAGGAAAGAGGCAGCCAGGUGAGGAUGAGGACGCUGUUGCAGGUUUGGGAACUGACGCAGGCUGAGCAUUUUGCUUGGACUGGAUUCUUCAGGUGCCGUGGGAGCCAGGAGCUGGUGCGUCCUCCGAGAAUGUAAGAUGUUCUUUCCCUUCUCGGGGAAGCCACUGCUGCCUGCAUCCCCACAGCACGUAUGCGUGUGUGUGUGUCUGGGGGCCUCUACCCCUUUAUGCUGUCCUGCUCCUCUCCCACGGAGACAGCCAGUAGGGUUCUACAGCAGCCCUGUCCCUUCUCAGUCCCCAGGCAUAGCCGCUGUCUGGUGUUUGCAAUUUCACUGGCUUGGGGGGGACGGUUGGUGAUAAGCAGCUUUGGUCUUCUGGGGAGGGGUAACUCCCCGGGUGUAUGUGAGAGGGAGGGCAGACAGACAGAUAGGCAGAUAGAGAAGUUGAGUGUGGGAGACUUAAAUGUGGAAAAGCGAGUCAGGGUUCCAGGGCCGUGUUCCUGUCUCCAUGCCUGAAGGAUCCUGGGGAAGGUUCCUCUGUGGAACCAUCUAUUAUCUGGGGGCUAUGCAUCCCGGAGAGGAAGAAGCCAUCCCCAUCACUGUUAAUAACUAGUCCCAGGAAAAUAGGCAAUCACCCCGGGGCUCUCCAGCCCUGGGAGAUCCAGCCCGGGACUUGAGAGUUUCCAGCUCUGGGUUCUUCGGGAGCACCUAGGCGGAGAGGCUCUGCCUUCCUUAGGCAUUCCCCCACCCCAGCCCCCUCAGGAAUGUGCCACUUUGCUUCUAACCAGGAACUCGGAAUUCUGAGGCUGAGAGGGACGUUGGCAGUUGGGCCGGACUGGGGGUGGAGGAAACUUGGGAGUAUUCUUUUAAAGCGCGUGCGGGGGCCCCCCUCAUCCUUGUCGCUGCCUAAGCUGGUUUCUCUGCUUGCUCAUGGUCCUUGUGGAUUCUGGUAAACCAGCUCAUGGCUGGGGCCUGAUGUUUAAAAUGCACUGGAAAGCACAGCGGGCCAGCCCCCUGCCCCUGGGUGAGCGAUGCACUCAAUAAGUCUCUGGUGCAGCCCACACGCGCGGACAGGAAUCGGAGCACCGAGGGAGUGAGCAUCAGGCCCCAGCCAGUAUUGAGGGCGAGCACUUCACCUCGGCAGGCCAGCCUCUGCACAGCCUCUGAGCAGGAGGUGCGACCCAGCAAUCAGGACACUGGAGACCUCAGACCAGAAAUGAGUCGCUUCGUCCAGAACUGUGUGGCCCGGGCCCGAAGGUUUUACCCGUUGACUUUCUGCUGCCCUUAGGCGGGACACUUAACCCAGUCUAGACAAUGUUCUAGUCUCCGAGGGAGAAGAUCACCUCAGCCACUAACAGAAGAGCCAGCAACUCUGAUUCUGGAGUUUCCCAACCUCAGAAUGUCUUGGCCCCAAACUAAGGAUGACCCCAGUCAGGCCUCCCAUUUUACAGAUAAGGAGGCUGAGGGCCAGCGAGGGCCUAUGACUUGCCUCCUGACUGCUCCCUGAAGCUUUUCAUCAUUCUGGGCCCCGUGGUGUAUCGCCUGUUUGGUGCUUCAGAGAAAGAGCAAAUGCCCACUUCUGUCCAAAACAGGGCCCGGUGUGUGGCUUGCUGAGGACUGUUAUUUAUUUGGCCCUGCUGGUAAUGACGGCUCCUCACCUACUUGCCCCAAUCCGAGGAGGAGCCCUGGGCUGGAAUUUCCUGUUUUCUGAGGGCUCCGGGGGCUGCCCCAGCAGGCCGACUCCCCUGGUGCCGCCGUUCCAGGGUGUUCCAGGCCAGGCUUGCCGCCUCUCCUUGCGGGGCUGGCUGCAGGCCUCUCCAGGUCUGGGCUUGCCGGCUGCGAGGUGGAAGCGUUGAGGGACUCCGUCGGCCCGACACCAGGUGCCCAGAGGCCGGAGGUCCGUGCGCCCCGGCCGCGGCCCCGGCCCGGGCCCAGCCCCGCGCCCCUCGCCAUGGGCCUGGCCCUCGCCCGCGGGCCCUGAGCAUGGAGCGGGGCUGGCCGCCCGGGGACAGUUGCAGCCGGGAGCGGCCCGCCGCCUGCCGCCGCGCCCUCAGCGUCUGCGACUCGCUGGACCUGCACGGCGCCCCGACCGGCCGCGCCGCCGUCGCCCUCCAGGCCGCCCUGAGCGCCGCGCGCGAACAGCCAGCGCGGCCGCGGAGUGUGUGCUCGGGCGGCCCGGGGCCGCCGCCCGCCGGCGCCCGCAGCCUGCUGCUCGGCCUCCUGCGCCCGCGCCUCGGCCGCCGCGGCCCCGCCGACGGCCGCCCGCAGGCUCCCGGGCCCGCGCCUUCGGGGCUCCCCGGCUCGGCCGCGCCCAGCCCCGCGCCCAGCCCCGCGCCGGCCCGGCGCAGCCGCACGCGGGGGACCCAGGAGCCGCGGCCGCGGCCCACCAGCAUGACGUUCCUGGAGGUGAACCGCCUGGAGCUGGCGGCGGCCGAGGGCGCGGGCGCGGGGCUGGGCCGCGCGGGCAGCGCGGGCUUCUUGCGGGGCGCCUCGCUGUGGAGUAGCCAGCGCUGGCAGGUGCUCCGCGGCGGCGGCGGCGGGCGCGGCGCCCCGAGUCCCCGGCGCGGCCUGUCGGCGCUGAGGAAGAGCUUCAGCUUCCGCCUGCGCCGCGGCCAGGAGAUCCGGCGCGCCGAGUCGGGGCUGCUGCCCCGGGCGCGCACCCGCAGCGACGGCGACGCCAGCUCCCUGGGCGCCUUCCCCAGCCGCCGCGACCUGUUGCUGGGCGCCGAGGCCCCGCGCACCGCGCCCGAGCCCGGCCGGCCCCGCACCGCCGCCGGCCUCUGGAGACUGCUCACCAGCCGCUUCCGCCGGAGGGAGCCCGCGCCCGCCGAGCCGCUGUGGAGCCGCCGGGCGGCCGCGGCCCCCGGGCUCCUGGGCGCGCCCAGCGACUCCUUUGUGAACAGCCAGGAGUGGACCCUGAGCCGCUCGGUGCCGGAGCUUAAAGUGGGCAUUGUGGGGAACCUGUCUAGUGGGAAGUCGGCCCUGGUGCACCGCUAUCUGACAGGGACGUAUGUCCAGGAAGAGUCCCCUGAAGGGGGUCGGUUUAAGAAGGAGAUUGUGGUGGAUGGCCAGAGUUACCUGCUGCUGAUCCGAGAUGAAGGAGGCCCCCCUGAGCUCCAGUUUGCUGCCUGGGUGGACGCGGUGGUGUUUGUGUUCAGCCUGGAGGAUGAAAUCAGCUUCCAGACCGUGUACAACUACUUCCUGCGGCUGUGCAGCUUCCGCAAUGCCAGCGAGGUGCCCAUGGUGUUGGUGGGCACGCAGGACGCCAUCAGUGCCGCAAACCCCCGGGUCAUCGAUGACAGCAGGGCCCGCAAGCUGUCCACGGACUUGAAGCGCUGCACCUACUACGAGACGUGCUCUACCUACGGGCUCAACGUGGAGCGCGUCUUCCAGGACGUGGCCCAGAAGGUCGUGGCCUUGCGGAAGAAGCAGCAGCUGGCCAUCGGGCCCUGCAAGUCACUGCCCAACUCCCCCAGCCACUCGGCAGUGUCCGCUGCCUCCAUCCCGGCCGUGCACAUCAACCAGGCCACGAAUGGCGGCAGCAGCGCCUUCAGCGACUACUCAUCCUCAGUCCCCUCCACCCCCAGCGUCAGCCAGCGGGAGCUGCGCAUCGAGACCGUGGCGGCCUCCUCCACCCCCACACCCGUCCGCAAGCAGUCCAAGCGGCGCUCCAACAUCUUCACGAUAUGUGCCACUGUUUCCAACUUUUCAUCAACAAAAAGGCCUUUCCAACUCCUUCCAAAUUAGAAGACCAGGUGGUGACACACAGCACCUCUGGACAUUCUCCCCUGUGCGGGGCCGGAGGCGGGCCGGGCCUUGGGACUGCUCUCAGAUGAGAAGCGGCCGCCGUGCUCCCCACUCCAGAGACCCACAGGAACCUUUGUAACUAACCCCCACCCCCAGGGAAGGCUAGGAACGCUGGAGCCCGCGGCUGGGGGCUGCCGGGGGACCAGGCCCGGCUGGACGCGCUGCGCCAGGCUCGCUGCAUGGAGAAGAAGGGAGCUCGGCCCCACGCCCGGCGCCCCGGGCCAGCGCAACGAGGCCCCCGAGGGGCGGGGGCAUCCGAGCGCCCGCCCCGGCCCAGCUGCUCCUGGGGGGAGCUUUCCCGCCCCUCCCUCCUCUGCUCCUUCCUGCAUGGACUCCUGCCGUUCCUGCUCCGCUCCGGACGCCACGCCCACGCCGCGCGCGCUUGCCUUUCCCCCUCUUGGCCCCUCCCCGUUUCCUAGGAUCCGCAUUGGGGCGGGCUCUGCCCCAGGAGCCUGGCAGGGGCGCAGGGCCUCUUUUGGCCUCUCUCCUCUCUCUCUCCAUCCACUGUGCCCUUCGGGCCUCGCCGACCGCGCUCGGUGCAACGUGCCGUGUGGUGUCUGUGCUGCAGACGGGCCCCUGCCCGCUCACUUCUGGACUUGGCUCUCCCCGGUUCUCGUGCCCUGUGCUCCCAGCCGUCCCUCAGCCCCACCGUCCACCUCUCCUCGCCCCUUCCCUUCUCUUACGCCCCAGCCCCCUGGGCUGCGCGCUCCUUGCGCCCUCGGUAUUUCGUGUCCUUGCUCUUUUGUAAGGGGCGGGCCUGGCUCAGUGACCUGUGCUGCUCUGUAUGGUGCCGUGUGUAAGAAUAAACCCGUUGGAAUACU